CUUUUUUUCUCAGGCAGUGGCACAGGCCAAACAAAGGGGCCGCGUGGUGUCACACACACACACACACACCACCAGAGCCAUUGUGUACGCACGUCCAGACAGACUGUCUGACAGACAGACGCUGAGCACCCCUCAAGGUGACGUGUGGUGUGUAGGGCUCUACAGAAGCCCCCUCGCUGCUGACACUAUCCACCUGUACACUCACAGCGCACGCACACAUACACACACAUACAGACAGGCAGACAGACAGACAGAGAGAUGUGUUCCUCCAUGUGUGUCCCUGCGGGUGUGCACGUACCAGGAAUCAACAUUAUCUCUUUCGAUUUUGCAUUUGCUCUUGAAGCAUUUCUGUGGCGGAUUGCAGUCUUUGUCACUCUUGCAGUCUGCGUCAGGGGCUGUGGUCGUUGUUUUCUUGGCCUCUGCACACACAUACACAGGUGUGUGUGGCGUUUCCACAUGUGCGCGGAGACAUGAAUGAGCAGUGCACUCCUCAUCCAUACACACCUACGUUCGUCGUGCAGCUGCACAAAUCGGGACGACACGAUGGAUUCCACCGAUGUCCCUGAACGAUUCAGCCAACGAGCCAUGGUCAAGCACGCCUGAUGACAUGUGGGGUGCAGUGCACUGCAGCAACUCAUACACACCGCGGGAUGCUCCCUGCUCCAAAGACACACGCGGCAGCGGGGCAGCAAGAGCUUCUGUGGCGACCUCAGGGGAAGCAGCCUGGCCGUGCUCGGACCUCAGGCGGUGGAGGUUUGGUGAGGUCGCCGCCGUCAGAGUGAAGAAGACUGUGACCGAGACGGCCAAAUGGAAUGUGGCCCGGGGAGACAUUGAAUGUUACACAGGCAAUAAGCCUCCAGAUGGAGGAUUUUGCGCUCGGGAUUCGACAAACAAGCGUCCUGCUUCAAGCGAAGGUUGGG